GGGAAAUCCUGAACAAAUGGGGAGAGAAGUCGUCUUCCGGUGACGAGAUGACUUGCUACAGAAAACUACGAGCACGAAAUAUGAGGGAAGAUAAUCAGGCAGUGACGUCUUCGGAAGAUGAACGUCAUUAUAAGUUCGUCAUUGAUGUCCAAGACUUUAUGAACGUUGGAGAGAUCAGCGUGAAGGCUGCGAACGAGAGAGAGUUGGUGGUUGAAGGUCACUUGGAGAGGAAGGAAGACGGUUCGAAGUCCAGCAAGCGGUUCCUUCGUCGGUUCAUUGUUCCUGGAGACAUUGAGCUCGAGGCUGUCAUUUCAGUCAUGUCUUCUGACGGAGUGCUUAAAAUCUUAGCUCCGAAGAGGCUUGGCCACAACCGAAAACAUGUUUCGACUGACAUGGACGAUGGCGAUGCAAUGUUUUCAAGGAAAUUCACAAGUGGGCAUCGUCUCACCGAUAACCUUUUUGGGAACAGAGAUUCAUCUUCGGAUGACGAGGAUUUUAGGACAUUUGCCAGGCAAAUCAAUGAUCGCUACCAAGUCACUUUCCAAGAUACGACGAAGAAUUUGAAGAUGGACAUUUGCUCAACAAGGAGAUAAAGAUGAAAACUGACAAGGACUUUAAAUAUGACAUUCCAAGCUUUUCAACGGAAACCAGGGUUUUAUACGUGGACAGAAGGGGUGUAUUCACUGAAGACUAUUUCUUCGCGAAUGUUCGUGACAGCUUCAGCCAAGCAGUGAGAGAAGUGCUGGAAAAGACUAAUGAAU